AAAGCGUGACUAUGAAGGGUUUCUGUGUUCUCUGCUGUUGCCUGCGGAAUCUCGAACCUCUGCUUUUGCCUUGAGAGCCUUCAAUGUGGAACUGGCUCAGGCAGAUUAAAGACUCCAUAACUCAGAAGACUACAGGUUUGAUGCGAAUGCAGUUCUGGAGGGAGGCUGUGGAAGAUAUAUACUGUGAUAACCCGCCACAUCAACCAGUUGCUACAGAACUCUGGAGGGCUGUCAAGAGGCAUAACUUGACUAAAAUGUGGUUCAUGAAGAUCAUUGAUGAAAGAGAGAAGAAUUUGGAUGAUAGAGCGUACCGUAACAUCCAGGAGCUUGAAACAUAUGCUGAGAACACUCAGAGUGCUCUCUUGUACCUCACCUUGGAAAUGCUGGGUGUGAGGGACAUCCAUGCUGACCAUGCAGCCAGUCACAUUGGGAAAGCGCAAGGCAUAGUUACCUGUUUGAGAGCAACUCCAUAUCACAGUACAAGAAAAAAGGUCUUUCUUCCCAUGGACAUUUGUAUGUUGCAUGGAGUUUCACAAGAGGAUUUCAUAAGAGGCAAGCAAGAGAAAAAUGUGAGAGAUGUAAUUUAUGACAUUGCCAGCCAGGCCCACAUUCAUCUAGAACAUGCUAGAUCUUUCAGUAAGAAAGUUCCUGUGAAGGCAUAUCCUGCUUUUUUCUGUACGGUUGCUUUAGAUGAUUAUUUAUGUAAUAUGCGAAAAGUGGACUUCAAUAUAUUUCAUCCAAGCUUACAAAAGAAGAGUACGUUAUUACCAUUGCAUUUAUAUAUUAGAUCUUGGAAAAAAACAUAUUAAAUUUUUUUUUAAUAUGA